AUGGAUUUUAAUGUCUGGAAUAUCAAAGAGAUGCUCAGUAUUCCCUCAGGCUCUGGAACCAUUAAGUCAUCUAAUUGGAAUAUUAACCAAACUGAUUACUCCAGUCUCAGUGAUUCUCAGUUCCUCUUUGGGUCUCAGUUCUGUCCAGAAAAUUCAGAGACCCUUUCAACACCUUUGGAUGUUGGUACACACUUAAGAUAUCCAAAACAGUCACAGCAAAGUUCUCUGGAUAAUGAACCUAGUAUUUUCACAAAGUACCAGGCAAAACCUCAGCUAUUUGGAGGAGACACAAAAGAUGGAGGCUUAUUUCCUCUUCCUUUAUCUGUUGGAAAAUCAAAGGGCCUAUUGGAACAGUUUGAAGAGAAAAAGAAAAGGGCAAAAGACAAAUGUGACAGUGAGACUCUGUGGAGCUUUAUUUCCCAUGUCAAAGAAAAUAUUCAUAGAUUACAGACAUCUGUGGAGAAGUCUGAGGAAUAUCUCAGUUACAGAAGUCAAUCUAUUUUGGAUUCUUUGGAGACUGUGGCCAAGACAUUGCAAGACACUAUGCAAGCCCAGAGUGAGCUGGUACUUGAGGCCCUGAAGGACAAAGGCAGAUUGGAACAGAUCAUCCUCGAGAUGCAAAACAAAUUUGAAGCUAGACAAGCAGAGUUUGUAGAAAUGAAGUCUAACCUGAAGCACCUUGAAGUUUUAGUUGCCCAGCAGAACAAAGACUUCCAGCAGCUGUGUGAACAGCUUGGCCAGCUGAAUAUACCCAGUGUCCUUGCAGACCUGAGGAAAUUCAUUGCGGCUCCUCCAGUACGUGUACAUGCAAAAGACAGCACUGCCCAGACCUCACCAUUGCUAGCCCAGACUCUCAUCAGCCAGGGAAAACUGGCCUCUGAAGAGGCAGUUAUGUGGCAAUCCCAGCCUUUCCCUGGCACCUGGAAUACCAGUGUGGGCUCCCUGCAGCCCAGAAAGUUUGGUGUCUGGGAUGAGGACACAAAGAGUGAUGCUCAGCCCAGUAAAAGAAACAAGGCUGUACAGGACAAGGAAGUACAGACUAACUGUGAGCAUUGUGCUUUUACUAAAGUAGGACCCAGGAGCUAUGACACCAGCAUCCUGGGACAAGAGGUUCCUGUUGACAGGGAUCUGGUCACUCAAGGAACCUCACAGGUCAUACUGUCAGAUUUAAGCAACUUUGCAACCAACACUAAGGUCUGCUGCCGAGAAUACCAACUCAAAGACGUAUUUUCAUGUGAUCCAUGUGGACAGAGUUUGGUAACUGAACCAAAAGGGGGAAUUAUAGACAGAGGCAAAAAGGGUAAGAAGAAACAGCCUAAGAAAACCAGGAGAAGUAGGCUCCUGGCCAGGAAACAAGACCAAGCCCCAAGUAAGACCAGUGCUCUAAGUUCUAGAAUUCAAGGCACUCAGCCUUCAGUUUCUGGCCUACAAGGUCCCCAUCUGGGACAGCGAGAACCCCUCCAGCCUUCUCUGUGUCAAAGGGGUUCCAGGAGUCCUGCAAAGCCAGUCUGCCCCACUCUGAGAGGGGCAGUCAUGCUCCCUAAAACAACAGGGGAAAUGCAAGGAAGACUCUUGAGGCUUGAUAGGUGUUCUUCCCAAGACAGCAGUCCAUUGCCUGGUACCUCGCAGGGGGACCAGGAGAUAAGCUGGUUCAGCAACCUUAACAUAGAAAAUUCACAGUCCCCUUCAUGCAAAAAGCCAGGGAGGAAUUUGCUCUAUGACCUAGCUUUUGAUAGCAGUGAUGAAGGCUUCUGA